GAAUCUUCUCCGACCUUGCGACCGUGUGACGUACACCUUCUUCACAAGGAAGAUCGAAUAUAAAACAAACGAAGCAUGGAAGAAGCAGCGUCAAUCUACAAAUUUGCCUUGUAAUUUUGCAGGAUUUGGAUACGGAUGACCCUGUCAUUGCAAUUUGCUGCGCAGAGGAAUUGGAGAGGGAGCCAGUGUGAGGAUGAAGAAGGAGAAGCGAGCGAAAGCUUUGAGAAAGCGACGAAGAAAAUCAGUAAAGAUUCAGGGAGCCGUAGAUUCAUUGCGUCCAUUAUAGGUUUGCCGAAGCGCCCUGAUACGAAGUUCCGAAAGGGGGAUUUCUCGGCCAGACUUAGGUCCAGUAUUUCGAGAAAAUGCAAAAGAUCGACCGCGCCUCUGUUUUCUGCGGUUCCGCGGGAAGCCAUGGGGAAUUCCAAGGGGAGCGGCAAUAGUUUCAAGAUUUACGAUCCCGGCUCCCCUGACGUUUCAUGCCUUGGACGGAUCAAGCUGAAGCAGAAAAAUGGAGUAAAGCUUAAGGCAAUCGGCAGUAACGGCAGUGAAGGUCGGCGUUUUUGGAGUAAGGAAGGUGGAUCCAGCUCAUCGCAGAGGCAGGGGAGGCUUUCUUGGAUAAAGAAGCUUUUUUCCUUUUCAUCUAAGAGAAAAACUCAGGUCCAGGUCCAUGGUUCGAAUCGCACGCCUGUUUCUCAAGAACUUCCUUCUCAAACUGAAAGCUUUUCUCCGCGGCUAUCUUAUUCUCAUGUGUCACAGUUAAAGCGGUUCAAUUCACAGCGUGAGCCGGACGCUUUGUCCAAUUUUUCUGCAGAUGAUGUUGAAAUUUGGGCGCAGGAGUCCGCUGAGGAAGCUUGCCCCAACGAAUCAUGGAAGGAGGAUGAAGAAUUCGAGGGAGGAAAGAAACCGCCGGCAAAGGAAUUCUGGGGAGAAGGAGAAGAAGAAGAAGAAGAAGAUCAAAGCGACGUCUCGCUUUCUUCUCCACAGCCUGCCGUGAGUGAAAUAAAUCUCUGGAAAAGGCGAUCCGUGGCUCCGCCUAGGGUUUUGGAAUUGAACAAACGGUACGCCUUUGAUACGAGAAGGCCUGUAACUGUUUAAUUUAAUUGAAUUUGUGUAAUUGGGACAGGAAUCUCUUGGCGGCCCAGUUUUUUUACAUAAUUUGUCUGGUUUGCACAGAAUCUGAAUCGAAUAUUUGCUGUAUUUGGUCUUUUCAAAUCGGAUUUGCUUUUGUUUUUCAUUGCAAUCCGAUAGUUGGGCGGGCGGGCCCUUAAUAGUUCUGAGUGUAUUGAUAAAUUAAGAGAUUUUAUAUUUUUGUAAUCCUGUAAAUAUUAUGCCUGGUUCUUGCUAGCGUUCUGGAUUCGAUUCCAGCCAUGACCAACAAGCGACGCCAUUGAAAAGGCAGUCCAUUCAUUAAUUAUCUCUUCAUUUUUCUUUUUCUUUUUCUUUUAACUCUCUACUUGUAUUACCUAAUUUCUACAUACUACUUUUUCACUACUUAAUGUAUAAUUAUUGUACUAUUUUUUCUCUAA